GGCUGUGUAGCCACACCCUCCUUAUCCAAAAUCUCCUCCUUCCUUAAAACUAAGCUUCCCCUUCUCUGGCUUCUCCUUUCUUUGAGUCGCUUCACUUCUCUUUGCAUCCUUCAAAAUCAUCCACAGCAAGAAAUGGCGACAGCAGCAGCACCAGCAGUGAUCUCAUGGACAAGAUCAGGCAUCGUGUCCAAAUCCGGACAAACCCAGAAGAAAACCGAGAUGAAAGUUUCUUACAUAACAGGACUUAAUUCGUACGGUGGUCUUAAGGCACAGAACAACAAGGUUGUCUCAAUGGGAUCACCACUUUGCACAGAACAGUGUUUUGCUAAUGUUGUGAUGUCUCUCAAGGGAAGAAGAGGCAAUGGAGGAGCCUUGUCCACCACGUGUAACGCCGUGGGAGAGAUUUUCAAGAUUGCAGCAAUCAUGAAUGCUCUUACUCUUGUCGGUGUUGCUGUUGGAUUCGUUCUUCUUCGAAUCGAGACUUCUGUUGAAGAAGCUGAAGCAGAGUAAAUAGAGUAAAAUUGCUCUUUCUUAUAAUUAUAUAUUUUUUUUUGUUAUUGAUGUUGUCAAGCUUCGGUAUAACUUGAUGGAUACAUGUUACAUUUGUUUAUGAAGCUCUUUUCUUGGUAGAUGUUAUUGGGAA